CCGGAAGUCCCUCCGCCGACAUCACUCCCGCUGGUCGGCUCGGUGGUGGGGGGUAUACGGGGGGUGUUUCGGUCCUUUUGUCGAUCCUUGUCUCGAGAGUUCGUGUUGUUGGUUCCACCAAGCUGCUCACAAUGCUGUGCCGAGCUGCUCUUCUCCCUUCCCUGGGUUCUUCCGGACAAUUCUGGCGGCAGACCAACGUGGCUGGCUCUCACCCUUGCUUACUGGCUCCUAACCUGGUGUUGAGAAAUAAGUCUGCUCGAGGCUGGAGUAACAUACCUUUUAUCACAGUACCCCUCAGCCGAACCCAUGGCAAGUCAUUUGCUCACCGCAGCGAGCUGAAGCAUGCCAAGAGGAUUGUGGUUAAGCUAGGGAGUGCUGUUGUGACUCGAGGGGAUGAAUGCGGCUUGGCCCUGGGGCGACUGGCAUCUAUCGUUGAGCAGGUGUCCAUGCUGCAAAACCAGGGCCGGGAGAUGAUGAUAGUCACCAGCGGGGCUGUGGCCUUUGGGAAGCAGCGGCUCCGCCACGAGAUCUUGCUCUCUCAGAGUGUGAGGCAGGCUCUCCACUCAGGGCAGAACCAGCUUAAGGACAUGGCCAUUCCCGUGCUGGAGGCUCGAGCCUGUGCAGCUGCUGGUCAGAGUGGGCUGAUGGCUCUGUACGAGGCCAUGUUCACCCAGUAUAGUAUCUGUGCAGCCCAGAUUUUAGUCACCAACUUGGAUUUCCAUGAUGAACAGAAGCGUCGCAAUUUAAAUGGGACAUUGCAUGAACUGUUGCGGAUGAACAUCGUCCCCAUCAUCAACACCAAUGAUGCUGUGGUUCCUCCCCCAGAGCCAAACAGUGAUCUUCAGGGGGUAAACGUAAUUAGCGUGAAGGACAAUGACAGUUUAGCAGCACGCCUGGCUGUGGAAAUGAAAACCGAUCUGCUGAUUGUUCUCUCGGAUGUUGAGGGACUCUUUGAUAGUCCCCCAGGAUCAGAUGAUGCAAAGCUCAUUGACAUAUUUUAUCCUGGAGACCAGCAGUCUGUGACAUUUGGAAACAAAUCACGGGUGGGGAUGGGAGGCAUGGAGGCCAAGGUGAAAGCUGCCCUGUGGGCUCUCCAGGGAGGUACAUCAGUAGUGAUUGCCAAUGGAACGCAUCCCAAAAUCUCUGGCCAUGUCAUCACCGACAUUGUAGAAGGGAAAAAAGUUGGCACGUUCUUUUCAGAGGUGAAGCCUGCGGGCCCAACAGUGGAACAGCAGGCUGAAAUGGCUCGAACAGGAGGCAGGAGUUUGGCAGCGCUACAGCCUGAACAGAGAGCUGAGAUCAUCUAUCAUCUUGCUGACCUUCUGACAGACCAGCGAGAAGAGAUUCUUCAGGCUAACAAAAAAGAUUUGGAAGAAGCUGAGAAUAAAGGGAGGCUGGCCCUGCCUUUGUUGAAAAGGCUCAGUCUGUCAACCUCCAAGCUGAAUAGUUUGGCCAUUGGGCUACGACAGAUUGCAGCGUCGUCGCAAGAUAGCGUUGGCCGUAUCCUUCGAAGAACACGAAUAGCAAAGGAUUUGGAACUGGAGCAAGUGACUGUACCUAUUGGGGUCCUAUUAGUAAUUUUUGAAUCCCGGCCUGACUGUCUCCCCCAGGUAUCUGCUUUGGCUAUUGCCAGUGGAAAUGGCUUAUUGCUUAAAGGAGGGAAAGAGGCAUUGCAUAGCAAUCAAAUCCUUCACCAUCUGACUCAAGAAGCCCUUUCCAUCCAUGGAGUGAAGGAUGCAGUGCAGCUGGUGAAUACCAGGGAGGAGGUGGAAGACCUUUGCCGUUUAGACAAGCUGAUAGAUUUGAUCAUCCCCCGUGGUUCAUCUCAGUUGGUUCGGGAUAUCCAGAAAGCUGCUAAAGGAAUCCCAGUAAUGGGCCACAGUGAAGGGAUUUGUCAUGUGUAUGUGGACUUGGAGGCCAGUGUUGAGAAGGUCACCAGAAUAGUGAGAGAUUCAAAAUGUGAAUAUCCUGCAGCCUGCAAUGCACUGGAAACACUGUUAAUACACCGAGACUUACUGAGAACCCCUGUCUUUGACCAGAUCAUUGACAUGUUGCGAGUGGAACAGGUGAAGAUUCACGCUGGCCCCAAGUUUGCCUCCUAUCUGACUUUCAGCCCUUCGGAAGUGAAAUCGCUCCGCACAGAAUACGGGGACCUGGAGUGCUGUAUUGAGGUGGUGGACAGUGCACAGGAUGCUAUUGAACAUAUCCACAAAUAUGGGAGCUCCCACACAGAUGUAAUCGUCACAGAGAACGAGAAAACAGCAGAGUUUUUUCUUCAGCACCUGGACAGCGCCUGUGUGUUCUGGAAUGCCAGCACCCGCUUCUCAGAUGGCUAUCGCUUUGGGCUAGGGGCUGAGGUUGGCAUCAGUACAUCGCGGAUCCAUGCCCGUGGGCCAGUGGGCAUUGAGGGACUGUUGACUACAAAGUGGCUGUUAAGAGGGGAGAAUCACAUCGUUUCUGACUUCUCCGAACAAGGGAGUAUGAAGUAUCUUCAUGAAAAUCUUCCCAUCCCUCAAAGGAACAUCAACUGAACACCCUGGUGGGGAGGGUGGUCUUCAUGGAGACUGUUACAGUUUUGGAACAGAGUCUGGAAAAGGAGAGGAACCUUCAUCUUCAGGCAUGCAGUGUGUUUCUGCACUCUGAGCUUCUGGAAACUCGCAAGUGGUGAUUUACCAGCCUUAUUUUGUGCCUGAGUUCUUUCUCCCACUCACACUGCAUUACGUAAAUGUCAGGUGCUGAUGCUGAAAGCACCCUCACUCUAGUAAGGAUCCCUUUGCUCUUGCAGCACAAGGAAAAGGACUUUGAUCCUCCACUCCAAAUGGUGGGGAGCUUUUGGGUUUGUCGUGGACCUAUUUAUUGAUCUGGAUGCCUCUUUUUAACCAUUCCAAAAAUUUAUAUUUUUCCCCCUGAUGCUUUUCUUGCUUUGAGAAUACAAGAAAUCCUUGAUCUUUUCUGCUUUCUUUUGGAUAUUUGAAAUCUGAAAGAGGUUGCUAUGAAACUUCCUACAGUUCGUGUCUUAUUUAAAAGUUAUGAUUACCUUUAAUAAAUAUUCCAGGUACAUAAUGAAUGGUCAUCUAUCAAAGCGAUAGUUUUCAUACUCAGUUUUCUUUGGAGGUGGGGAGAAUCACAGUGGUAUUACUAUGACUGUUUUUCACAACCCUUUUAUGAAUAUUUGUACCAAAUAUUUUUGUUCAUCAUUUUAUAUGAAAUUUUAUUUCCCCUGAGAAAUUUAAAAUAUUUUUCAAAUAAAACUCCCUUGCAAUA